GUUAGCAGUGAACACAAGGUUCACUCUUCAAUAAAUUCAUAUCAAGAGUCACGAUACCAAGGAACCAUUAGAAGCAAGUAAAAGUGUCCCUGUCGCGUUUGGUUUCGAAGAGCUAUGGCGUCAUCAAGAAACGUGGUGUGUUACUACGGCUCUUGGGCUCACUACAGACAAGGCCCGGCCGAGUACAGCCUGGGCGACAUCCCGGUGGACAAAUGCACGCACCUGAUCUACGCCUUCGCUACCUUGGACGCUCGGGACUUCGUGGCCAAGCAGCACGACAAGUGGCUGGACGAGGACCUUAAGAACUACAGGAAGUUCGUUCAGCUGAAGGAGAGGAAUCCACGGUUGAAGGUCCUCCUUGCGCUGGGCGGCUGGACUGACUCCCAGGACUCCAAGUACUCGCAGCUGGUGUCGGACUCCGGCAGGCGCGGGCGGUUCGUGAGGGAGGUGGUGCAGCUGCUCCUCAAGUACGGCUUCGACGGCCUUGACCUCGACUGGGAGUUCCCGAACGCCCAAGAUAGGCAUGGAUUCACGGCAUGGGUAAAGGACCUGAGAAGAGCCUUCGACCCCCACGGCCUCCUCCUGACGGCGGCCGUGAGCGCAGGGAAGAGUACGAUCGACGGAGGCUACGACGUCCCCGAGUUGGCCAGGCACCUGGACAUGAUUAACUUGAUGUCAUACGACUUCCACGGGACCUGGGAGAACAGAGUGGCUCACCAUGCUCCACUGUACGCGGAACCUGGCCAGAGCCCUGAGUUGUGCGCCGACUUUGCUGUCAACUAUUGGAUAAGGAAGGGUGCCCCUCCUCACAAGCUGAUAUUGGGUGUACCAGCUUACGGAAGAUCAUGGACACUGGCUGGGUCUAACAGCUCUCCAGGUGCGGCCGCGGCAGGAGCAGGACGCAAAGGACGAUACAUCAAUGAGAGUGGAAACCUGCCGUUCUUCGAGUGCUGUCUCGCGGAGCAGGAAGGAUGGGCGAAGAGGAGGACUCCAGCAGGACCUUACCUGACGAAGGGAGACCAGUGGGUCGGGUAUGACGAUGUCCAAUCUGUGACUCAGAAGGCCCAGUACGCGGCGAAGAAGGGCCUCGGUGGCGUCAUGUUGUGGGACGUCAGCACGGACGACUUCAAGAACCUGGGCGGUGAAGGGAAGAGCCCGCUCGUGACGGCCAUGUACAGGACCCUCCACGGAAGAUUCUGAGGUUCUCGACCUCACCCUGCGCACCUCUCUCGAUCCUCCCCUACUGCAUACCCUAUAUUGAUCCACAGGGCAAGUUCAGCACAAACAGACACUUCUCAAAGCCUGUUUUUUUUCGAUUUUUUUUCUUCAAUUUACUCUGGCUUAUACUGUGUCUUUAUGUACACGUUAUAAAGAAAGUGUCCUAGUUGAUAAUUUUGUUAUCCAUGAAUAAAAGUAAAUGAUUCACAUGCUUUGUAUUGGUUCUUAAUGACUCAAUUGAGUGGUUAAUUUUUUUAUAACAGUUAAUUGAUGGAGUGACGAUUUUUACUUUAUUAUUAUAGCAUUAACUAUUCUGCUUUACAGAAAUAAAUUCCUAAGUACAUGUGUGGUCAUAAAAAAUGUAAGCUUAUGUUUUAGUUGAAUAAAAAAUUGGUUCUUG